GGCGCGGUACAGGAGCAGCGCUGCCGGCAGGGGCGGGUGCCAGGGACCUGGAGGUGGAGGGGACGCGGCGGUACUCUGGCGUCUUCCGACUUUGACUCCUUACCUUAAAAGAUGCUGGAGUCAUAUGUAACUCCAAUUUUAAUGAGCUAUGUGAAUCGCUACAUCAAGAACUUAAAGCCGUCGGAUCUACAGCUUUCACUAUGGGGUGGAGACGUGGUGCUCAGCAAGCUCGAGUUAAAGUUGGAUGUGCUGGAACAGGAACUGAAAUUACCAUUCACUUUUUUAAGUGGACAUAUUCAUGAAUUGAGGAUUCAUGUACCAUGGACAAAACUGGGUUCAGAACCAGUGGUAAUUACCAUCAAUACUAUGGAAUGCAUUUUGAAACUUAAAGAUGGGAUACAGGAUGACCAUGAAAGCUGUGGUUCUAAUUCUACCAACCGUAGUACUACUGAGAACACAAAAUCAUCAGUCAAACAGCGGAGAAUUCAGCAGGCUGCUCCUACAGAUCCUGACUUACCACCAGGUUAUGUGCAGAGUCUGAUUAGACGAGUUGUAAAUAAUGUAAACAUUGUGAUAAAUAAUCUCAUACUAAAAUAUGUUGAAGAUGAUAUCGUUCUUUCCGUCAACAUCACUUCUGCAGAAUGUUAUACAGUAGGUGAAUUAUGGGAUCGUGCAUUCAUGGAUAUUUCUGCAACUGAUUUGGUGCUGAGAAAGGUUAUCAAUUUUUCUGACUGUACAGUUUGUCUUGAUAAACGGAAUGCCAGUGGUAAAAUAGAAUUUUACCAGGAUCCUUUAUUGUACAAAUGUUCCUUCAGAACUCGUCUUCAUUUUACAUAUGAUAACCUAAAUUCCAAGAUGCCAUCUGUUAUUAAAAUUCAUACUUUAGUAGAAAGUUUGAAACUUUCUAUCACAGAUCAACAACUGCCUAUGUUUAUUCGUAUAAUGCAACUUGGAAUUGCUCUUUACUAUGGAGAAAUAGGCAAUUUUAAAGAAGGCGAAAUAGAGGACCCUACUUGUCAUAAUAAAGAUAUGCUAGGAAACAUUACAGGUUCUGAAGAUGAAACAAGAAUAGAUAUGCAAUAUCCUGCUCAGUAUAAAGGUCAAGAGUUAUAUUCACAGCAAGAUGAGGAGCAGCCACAGGGAUGGGUGUCAUGGGCCUGGUCCUUUGUGCCUGCGAUUGUGAGUUAUGACGAUGGUGAGGAAGACUUUGUUGGGAACGAUCCUGCAUCAACCAUGCAUCAGCAAAAAGCACAGACUUUGAAGGAUCCUAUUGUUUCUAUAGGAUUUUAUUGCACAAAGGCAACGGUGACUUUCAAACUCACAGAAAUGCAAGCUGAGAGUAGUUAUUACAGUCCACAGAAAGUAAAAUCUAAAGAAGUAUUGUGUUGGGAACAAGAAGGAACCACAGUUGAGGCCCUUAUGAUGGGAGAACCUUUCUUUGAUUGCCAGAUUGGGUUUGUUGGUUGCAGAGCCAUGUGCCUUAAAGGAAUUAUGGGUGUUAAAGAUUUUGAAGAGAAUAUGAAUAGAAGUGAAACUGAAGCCUGUUUCUUCAUUUGUGGUGACAAUUUGAGUACGAAAGGUUUCACAUACCUUACAAAUUCAUUGUUUGAUUACCGAAGCCCAGAAAAUAAUGGUACUCGUGCAGAAUUUAUCUUGGAUUCAACUCAUCAUAAGGAGACAUACACUGAGAUAGCUGGAAUGCAACGGUUUGGGGCUUUUUAUAUGGAUUACCUGUAUACAAUGGAGAACACUAGUGGCAAAGGUUCCACAAAUCAACAAGACUUUUCUUCAGGGAAAAGUGAAGAUUUGGGAACAGUGCAGGAGAAGUCCACCAAAAGCCUUGUUAUAGGUCCUCUUGAUUUUCGUUUGGAUAGCAGUGCGGUGCAUAGGAUUUUGAAAAUGAUUGUGUGUGCCUUGGAACAUGAAUAUGAACCAUAUAGCAGGCUAAAAUCAGAUAUUAAGGAUGAAAAUGAAACGAUACUGAAUCCUGAAGAGGUGGCUUUUCUGGAGGAAUAUAUUCCUACUCGACAUACAAGUGUUACUCUCCUCAAGUGUACCUGCACAAUUUCCAUGGCUGAAUUCAACUUGCUGGACCAUUUACUACCUGUCAUUAUGGGAGAAAAGAACUCAAGUAACUUCAUGAAUACUACAAACUUCCAGUCUCUUCGGCCUUUGCCAUCCAUUCGAAUAUUGGUGGAUAAAAUUAAUCUGGAACAUUCAGUGCCGAUGUAUGCUGAACAGUUGGUGCACAUGGUCAGCAGCCUUACUCAACCUUCUGAUAACCUGCUUCAUUAUUGUUAUGUACACUGCUAUCUUAAGAUAUUUGGUUUCCAGGCAGGACUGACGUCUUUGGAUUGCAGUGGAUCUUACUGCUUACCCGUACCAAUUAUUCCCUCUUUCAGCACUGCUCUUUAUGGCAAACUUCUGAAACUCCCCACAUGCUGGACCAAAAGAUCUCAGAUUGCUAUAACUGAAGGUAUAUUUGAACUUCCACAUCUCACAAUUCAAGCUACAAGAGCACAGACACUUCUCUUGCAAGCAAUAUAUCAAAGUUGGUCUCAUCUUGGAAAUGUCAGCUCUUCCGCAGUGAUUGAGGCUUUGAUAAAUGAAAUCUUCCUAAGUAUAGGUGUGAAAUCUAAGAAUCCCCUGCCAACUCUUGAGGGCUCAAUCCAGAAUGUUGAAUUGAAGUACUGCAGCACAUCAUUGGUCAAAUGUGCCUCUGGGACCAUGGGAUCAAUAAAAAUUUGUGCCAAAGCCCCAGUUGAUAGUGGAAAAGAGAGGUUGAUUCCCUUGCUUCAGGGUCCUUCUGACACUAAAGACCUUCAUAGCACCAAGUGGCUCAAUGAGAGUAGAAAGCCAGAGUCUCUCUUAGCUCCAGAUUUGAUGGCCUUUACAAUCCAAGUUCCACAAUAUAUUGACUACUGCCACAAUUCCAGUGCUGUACUUCUUUGCAGUAUACAAGGACUAGCAGUUAAUAUUGACCCAAUCUUAUAUACGUGGCUCAUCUAUCAGCCUCAGAAACGAGCAAGUAGACAUAUGCAACAGCAGUCUGUGGUAGCUGUUCCUCUUGUUAUGCCAGUUUGUAGAAGGAAAGAGGAUGAGGUGUCUAUUGGAAGUGCACCCUUGACAAAGCAGCAAUCAUAUCAGGCCUCUGAAUAUGCCAGCAGCCCUAUAAAAACAAAAACGGUAACAGAAUCCCGCCCAUUGUCAGUUCCUGUUAAAGCCAUGUUGAAUAUAUCUGAAAGCUGUAGAAGUCCUGAAGAAAGAAUGAAGGAAUUUAUUGGAAUUGUUUGGAAUGCAGUGAAGCAUCUCACACUACAGCUUGAAGUACAGUCUUGUUGUGUGUUUAUUCCAAAUGAUAGCCUGCCUUCCCCAAGUACAAUUGUAUCUGGUGACAUUCCUGGAACAGUAAGAAGUUGGUACAAUGGACAAACCAGCAUGCCGGGAACACUUGUCCUCUGUUUGCCCCAAAUAAAGAUUAUUAGUGCUGGGCACAAGUAUAUGGAACCUCUGCAGGAGAUUCCAUUUGUUAUCCCACGACCCAUCCUUGAAGAAGGUGAUGCUUUCCCUUGGACGAUAAGCUUGCAUAAUUUCAGCAUUUAUACCCUUCUUGGAAAACAAGUGACACUUUGCCUAGUGGAACCUAUGGGUUGCACCUCCACUCUAGCUGUCACGUCUCAAAAACUACUUGCUACGGGACCUGAUACACGACAUUCAUUUGUUGUUUGUCUCCAUGUUGACCUAGAGUCACUAGAGAUGAAAUGCUCUAAUCCCCAGGUCCAGCUCUUCUGUGAACUAACUGAUACCAUGAAUAAGGUCUGGAAUAAGAUUCAGAAGAGAGGCAAUCUCAACCUAUCUUCAACCUCUCCAGAGACCUUGGCAGGGCCUAUUCCUACUUCUCCAGUUAGAAGCAGUAUAGGCACAGCUCCUCCAGAUACCAGCACAUGCAGCCCAUCUGCUGACAUUGGGACUACUACUGAGGGAGAUUCUAUACAAGCAGGUGAGGACUCACCAUUCUCAGAUUCUGUGACCUUGGAACAAACUACAAGUAAUAUUGGCGGAACCAGUGGACGUGUUAGUUUAUGGAUGCAGUGGGUGCUUCCCAAAAUUACUAUAAAGCUCUUUGCUCCGGAUCCUGAAAAUAAAGGCACAGAGGUUUGUAUGGUCAGUGAACUAGAAGAUCUCAGUGCUUCCAUAGAUGUCCAGGAUGUAUAUACCAAAGUGAAAUGUAAAAUAGAGAGUUUCAAUAUUGAUCACUAUAGAAGCAGGCCAGGGGAAGGUUGGCAGUCAGGACAUUUUGAAGGAGUAUUUCUACAAUGCAAAGAAAAAUCUGUGACAACUACAAAACUUCUAGAUGGCACUCAUCAGCAGCAUGGAUUCCUCUCUCUGACAUACACAAAAGCUGUAACAAAAAAUGUCCGCCACAAGUUAACAUCAAGAAAUGAGCGAAGAAGUUUUCAUAAGUUAUCUGAAGGCUUAAUGGAUGGUUCGCCUCAUUUUCUUCAUGAAAUUCUUCUUUCAGCACAAGCUUUUGAUAUUGUUCUUUAUUUUCCUUUACUUAAUGCCAUUGCAAGUAUAUUUCAAGCAAAACUACCAAAGACCCAAAAAGAGAAAAGAAAAUCUCCUGGUCAGCCCAUGAGGACCCAUACACUGACAUCCCGCAAUUUACCUUUGAUUUAUGUCAACACAAGUGUAAUCAGAAUUUUUAUUCCAAAAACAGAAGAAAUGCAGCCAACUGUUGAAGUUAAUCAGGCAGUAAAAGAAGACACCGUGGUUUUGAAGAUUGGCUCUGUUGCCAUGGCUCCCCAGGCUGACAAUCCCCUUGGCAGAUCUGUCCUUAGGAAAGAUAUUUACCAGAGAGCCUUGAACUUAGGAAUUCUUCGAGAUCCUGGAUCAGAAAUCGAAGACAGACAAUACCAAAUAGACCUGCAGUCCAUCAAUAUUGGUACUGCACAGUGGGAUCAACUAAAACCAGAGAAGGAAAGUGUCUCAGGAGGGGUGGUAACAGAGACAGAAAGGAAUUCUCAAAAUCCAGCCCUUGAGUGGAAUAUGGCCAGCAGCAUACAGCGGCAUCAAGAAAGGAGAGCACUUUUGACCCCCAUUUUGACAGAUUUUUCUGUCCGAAUAACUGGAGCACCUGCUGUCAUUUUCACCAAAGUAAUUUCUCCAGAAAAUUUUCAUACUGAGGAGAUUUUAGUGUGUGGCCAUUCCUUAGAAGUGAAUAUAACCACAAACCUGGACUUCUUCCUAAGUGUGGCUCAAGUUCAACUCUUACAUCAGUUAAUAGUAGCAAAUAUGACUGGACUGGAACCAUCAAACAAGACUGCAGAGAUCUCUAAACAAGAACAGAAAAAAGUGGAUAUAUUUGAUGGAGGCAUGGCUGAAACCUCAUCUCGGUACAGUGGUGCUCAGGAUAGUGGAAUUGGCAGUGACAGUGUUAAAAUCAGAAUAGUGCAAAUAGAGCAGCACAGUGGUGCCAGUCAGCAUCGCAUUGCCCGUCCCUCACGCCAGUCAUCAAUUGUAAAAAAUCUAAAUUUUAUUCCCUUUGACAUAUUUAUUACUGCAAGUAGAAUCUCACUAAUGACAUAUUCCUGUAUGGCCUUAUCCAAAUCGAAAUCACAAGAACAGAAGGAUAAUGAAAAAACAGACAAGAGUUCAUUAAAUCUCCCAGAAGUUGAUUCAGAUGUUGCUAAGCCCAACCAGGCAUGUAUUUCCACGGUGACAGCAGAAGAUCUCUUAAGGAGCAGCAUUUCUUUUCCUUCAGGGAAAAAAAUAGGGGUCCUCUCUCUUGAAAGUCUUCAUGCAUCCACAAGGUCAUCUGCUAGACAAGCACUUGGUAUAACAAUUGUUCGGCAGCCUGGUCGAAGAGGAACUGGUGACUUACAGCUAGAACCUUUUCUGUACUUUAUUGUGUCCCAGCCUUCCUUGCUUCUGAGUUGUCACCACAGAAAGCAGCGAGUGGAAGUAUCCAUUUUUGAUGCUGUGCUUAAAGGGGUGGCCUCUGAUUACAAAUGUACAGAUUCUGGGAAGACUCUGCCUGAAGCCCUUGAUUAUUGCACUGUUUGGCUACAGACAGUGCCUGGAGAAAUAGACAGCAAAAGUGGUAUUCCACCUUCCUUUAUAACACUACAGAUUAAAGACUUUCUGAAUGGACCAGCGGAUGUCAAUUUGGAUAUAUCAAAGCCUUUAAAAGCAAACCUGAGUUUCACCAAACUGGAUCAGAUAAACCUUUUUUUAAAGAAGAUAAAAAAUGCACACAGUUCAGCACAUAGUGAAGAGACUUCAGCCAUGUCCAAUACCAUGGUGAAUAAGGAUGAUCUUCCAGUCUCCAAAUAUUACCGUGGAAAGUUGUCUAAACCCAAGGUUCGUGGUGAUGGAGUGCAAAAGAUUUCAGCUCAAGAAAACAUAUGGAGAGCUGUUUCCUGCUUUCAAAAAAUUUCUGUUCAAACUACUCAGAUUGUGAUCUCCAUGGAAACUAUACCCCAUACCAGCAAACCAUGCCUGUUAGCAUCUCUCUCAAACCUCAGUGGAAGCCUUAGUGUCAAGGUAGCACAAAAAGUACCUGGCAUAAUUCUUGGGUCAUCAUUUCUACUCAGUAUAAACGAUUUUCUCCUUAAAACAAGUCUCAAAGAAAGAAGCCGCAUUCUGAUAGGACCAUGUUGUGCUACUGCCAAUCUGGAAGCUAAGUGGUGUAAACACAGUGGGAAUCCAGGCCCAGAACAGUCCAUGCCAAAAAUAUCCAUUGACUUAAGAGGAGGUCUGCUACAGGUCUUCUGGGGUCAAGAACAUUUGAAUUGUUUAGUUCUUCUACAUGAAUUACUCAAUGGAUACCUUAAUGAGGAGGGAAAUUUUGAAGUAAAAGUUUCUGAACCAGUGCCUCAAAUGUCAUCUCCUGUGGAAAAGAAUCAGACAUUUAAAAGUGAACAAAGUUCAGAUGACCUACGGACAGGUCUAUUUCAGUAUGUACAGGAUGCUGAAUCUUUGAAAUUGCCUGGGGUCUAUGAAGUCUUAUUUUAUAAUGAAACUGAAGAUUGCCCAGGGAUGAUGUUAUGGAGAUAUCCAGAACCUAGAGUGCUCACCCUUGUACGAAUAACUCCUGUACCUUUUAACACCACAGAGGAUCCAGAUAUUAGCACAGCAGACCUUGGUGAUGUGCUACAGGUUCCUUGUAGCUUGGAAUACUGGGAUGAACUCCAGAAGGUUUUUGUUGCAUUUAGAGAAUUUAAUCUGUCUGAAAGCAAAGUUUGUGAACUGCAGUUGCCGGAUAUCAAUCUCGUGAAUGACCAGAAGAAAUUAGUAUCUUCAGAUCUUUGGAGAAUUGUCUUGAACAGCAGUCAAAAUGGAGCUGAUGACCAAAGCUCUGCAAGUGAGUCUGGUUCUCAAAGCACUUGUGAUCCACUUGUGACUCCAACAGCCCUGGCUGCCUGUACCAGAGUUGACUCCUGCUUUACGCCAUGGUUUGUCCCAUCCCUUUGCAUUUCCUUCCAGUUUGCUCACCUGGAAUUCCAUCUUUGUCAUCACCUUGACCAACUAGGCACAGCUGCACCACAGUACCUACAGCCAUUUGUUUCCGACAGAAAUAUGCCAUCUGAACUAGAAUACAUGAUUGUUUCCUUCAGAGAACCACACAUGUAUCUUCGACAGUGGAAUAAUGGUUCUGUCUGUCAGGAGAUCCAGUUCUUAGCUCAAGCAGACUGUAAACUUCUAGAGUGCAGAAAUGUCACUAUGCAAAGUGUGGUGAAACCCUUCAGCAUCUUUGGGCAGAUGGCACUUUCCAGCAAUGUAGUGGAAAAGCUGCUUGACUGUACCGUGAUAGUUGAUUCUGUAUUUGUAAACGUUGGACAGCAUGUAGUCCAUUCUCUAAACACUGCAAUACAAGCUUGGCAACAGAACAAAUGCCCUGAGGUAGAGGAGUUGGUCUUCAGCCAUUUUGUGAUCUGUAACGACACACAGGAGACACUGCGGUUUGGCCAGGUGGAUACUGAUGAAAAUAUUCUGCUGGCGAGUCUCCACAGUCACCAGUACAGCUGGCGCUCUCACAAAUCCCCACAGCUGUUACACAUCUGUAUUGAAGGUUGGGGCAACUGGCGUUGGUCAGAGCCUUUCAAUGUGGACCAUGCCGGGACUUUUAUUAGAACAAUUCAGUACAGGGGUCGAACUGCUUCUCUCAUCAUCAAGGUUCAGCAACUCAAUGGAGUACAAAAACAGAUUAUCAUCUGUGGAAGACAGAUCAUCUGUAGUUACUUGUCUCAAAGCAUAGAACUAAAAGUCGUUCAGCAUUACGUUGGUCAAGAUGGACAAGCUGUAGUUCGGGAACAUUUUGACUGCCUCACAGCCAAACAGAAAUUGCCUUCAUACAUACUAGAAAACAAUGAACUGACGGAGCUGUGUGUGAAGGCCAAAGGAGAUGAAGACUGGUCAAGAGAUGUGUGCCUGGAAUCCAAAGCCCCUGAGUACAGCAUUGUCAUUCAGGUGCCAUCUUCAAACAGUUCCAUUAUUUAUGUCUGGUGCACAGUUUUGACUUUAGAACCCAACUCUCAAGUGCAACAACGAAUGAUUGUGUUCAGCCCUCUUUUUAUCAUGAGGAGUCAUCUUCCAGACCCCAUUAUCAUACAUUUGGAGAAAAGGAGUCUGGGAUUGAGUGAAACACAAAUUAUUCCAGGAAAAGGGCAGGAAAAACCACUGCAAAACAUAGAACCUGACCUUGUACAUCACCUGACAUUCCAAGCAAGAGAAGAAUAUGAUCCUUCAGACUGUGCAGUUCCCAUCUCAACAUCCCUCAUUAAGCAAAUAGCCACUAAGAUACACCCUGGAGGCACAGUUAAUCAGAUCCUUGACGAAUUCUAUGGGCCAGAAAAGUUGCUUCAACCCAUAUGGCCCUAUAAUAAGAAGGAUUCUGACAGGAAUGAACAGCUAAGUCAGUGGGAUAGCCCAAUGCGAGUGAAGCUGUCAAUCUGGAAGCCAUAUGUUAGAACUUUGUUGAUAGAACUUCUGCCCUGGGCCCUGCUUAUCAAUGAAUCCAAAUGGGACCUCUGGCUAUUUGAAGGAGAGAAAAUUGUUCUACAGGUUCCUGCUGGCAAAAUUAUUAUUCCUCCUAAUUUUCAGGAAGCUUUUCAAAUUGGAAUAUACUGGGCAAAUACAAACACUGUGCACAAGUCAGUAGCAAUUAAACUGGUCCAUAACCUGACAUCUCCAAAGUGGAAGGAUGGAGGUAAUGGUGAAGUUGUGACACUAGAUGAAGAAGCAUUUGUUGAUACUGAAAUAAGACUUGGUGCUUUUCCAGGACAUCAGAAGUUAUGUCAGUUCUGCAUUUCCUCCAUGGUACAGCAAGGUAUACAAAUUAUUCAGAUUGAAGACAAGACUACAAUAAUCAAUAAUACACCAUAUCAAAUAUUUUAUAAACCACAGCUAUCUGUCUCCAAUCCCCAUUCUGGAAAGGAGUAUUUUCACGUUCCAGACAGUGCUACUUUUAGCAUUUGCCCAUGUGGAGAGCAGCCUGCUAUGAAAUCCAGCUCCCUUCCUUGCUGGGACUUGAUGCCUGACAUCAGUCAGUCAGUACUGGAUGCAUCCCUGCUUCAGAAACAGAUCAUGCUGGGCUUUUCUCCUGCCCCAGGUGCUGACAGCUCACAGUGCUGGAGCCUGCCAGCUAUGGUUAGACCAGAGUUUCCCAGACAGAGUGUGGCAGUACCCCUUGGGAAUUUCCGGGAAAAUGGAUUCUGUACCAGGGCUAUAGUGCUGACAUAUCAAGAACACCUUGGAGUGACUUAUUUAACCCUCUCAGAAGACCCUAGUCCUCGAGUAAUUAUCCAUAACAGAUGUCCAGUAAAAAUGCUUAUAAAGGAAAACAUUAAAGAUAUUCCAAAGUUUGAGGUUUAUUGCAAAAAAAUUCCCUCUGAGUGCUCAAUUCAUCAUGAGCUGUAUCAUCAGAUUUCCAGUUAUCCGGACUGCAAGACCAAAGACUUACUUCCGAGCCUCCUUUUGAGAGUUGAACUGCUAGAUGAAGUAACAGCUGAGUGGAGUGAUGCUAUUGACAUCAACAGUCAGGGAACACAGGUUGUGUUCCUGAUUGGCUUUGGCUAUGUGUAUGUGGACAUUGCACAUCAGUGUGGCACAAUCUUCAUCACUGUGGCCCCAGAAGGAAAAGCAGGACCUAUUUUAACCAAUACCAACAGAGCACCGGCGAAGAUUGUUACAUUCAAAAUGUUCAUCACUCAGUUGAGCCUGGCAGUGUUUGAUGACCUCACCCACCACAAAGCAUCAGCUGAGCUUCUGAGACUCACACUGGACAAUGUUUUUCUCUGUGUGGCCCCGGGAUCUGGUCCCCUCCCUGGGGAAGAGCCUGUGGCUGCGUUGUUUGAACUUUACUGUGUGGAGAUCUGCUGUGGGGACCUGCAGCUAGACAACCAGCUUUAUAACAAGUCCAAUUUCCACUUUGCUGUCUUAGUCUGCCAGGGAGAAAAAGCAGAACCCAUUCAGUGUUCCAAAAUGCAGAGUCUCCUUAUAUCCAACAAAGAGUUGGAAGAAUACAAGGAAAAAUGUUUUAUCAAACUUUGCAUCACCUUAAAUGAAGGCAAGAGCAUCCUCUUUGAUAUUAAUGAGUUCAGCUUUGAAUUAAAACCUGCUCGGUUAUAUGUGGAAGACACAUUUGUAUACUACAUCAAGACUUUGUUUGACACCUACCUUCCUAACAGCAGGUUGGCUGGUCACUCCACACACCUCUCUGGGGGUAAACAGGUGUUGCCCGUGCAGGUCACACAGCACGCCAGAGCCUUGGUGAAUCCUGUGAAGUUACGGAAACUGGUGAUCCAGCCAGUGAAUUUGCUCGUCAGCAUCCACGCUUCCCUCAAGCUGUACAUAGCCUCAGACCACACUCCUCUCUCCUUCUCGGUGUUUGAAAGAGGACCCAUCUUCACCACUGCGAGGCAGCUUGUGCACGCCCUGGCAAUGCACUAUGCCGCUGGGGCCCUUUUUAGAGCAGGCUGGGUAGUUGGGUCUCUGGAGAUUCUUGGCAGCCCUGCAAGCCUGGUGAGAAGCAUCGGGAACGGGGUCGCCGACUUCUUCAGGCUUCCGUACGAGGGGCUGACCCGGGGCCCCGGAGCCUUCGUGAGUGGCGUCUCCAGAGGGACCACAUCGUUUGUAAAGCACAUCUCCAAAGGUACCCUCACAUCCAUCACCAACCUGGCCACAAGCCUGGCCCGGAACAUGGACCGGCUCUCACUGGAUGAGGAGCACUACAACCGGCAGGAGGAGUGGCGGCGGCAGCUUCCCGAGAGCCUGGGCGAGGGGCUUCAACAGGGCCUGUCCCGGCUGGGCAUCAGCCUGCUUGGUGCAAUUGCUGGUAUAGUUGAUCAGCCGAUGCAGAACUUCCAGAAAACAUCUGAGGCACAGGCUCCCGCAGGACACAAGGCCAAGGGUGUCAUCUCGGGUGUGGGGAAAGGAAUCAUGGGGGUGUUCACAAAGCCCAUCGGAGGAGCUGCUGAGCUGGUGUCACAGACUGGCUACGGUAUUUUACAUGGAGCUGGACUUUCUCAGCUUCCCAAACAGCGCUAUCAGCCAAGUGAUCUACGUGCUGACCAGGCUCCAAACAGCCAUGUCAAAUAUGUCUGGAAAAUGCUUCAGUCUCUGGGCAGACCAGAAGUCCACAUGGCCCUGGACGUGGUUCUGGUGAGGGGCUCAGGCCAGGAGCAUGAAGGGUGCUUGCUGCUGACAUCAGAAGUGCUCUUCGUGGUGAGUGUCAGUGAGGACACACAGCAGCAGGCUUUCCCCGUCACAGAAAUCGACUGUGCACAGGACAGCGAGCAGAACAACCUACUCACAGUGCAGCUCAAACAGCCAAGAGUGGCCUGUGAUGUGGAGGUAGAUGGAGUCCGAGAGAGACUGUCAGAGCAACAGUACAACAGACUUGUGGACUACAUCACAAAGACAUCUUGUCACCUGGCCCUCAGCUGUUCUUCCAUGCAAAUACCAUGCCCUGUGGUGGCUGCAGAACCUCCCUCCUCCACUGUUAAAACAUACCAUUACUUGGUUGAUCCGCAUUUUGCUCAGGUCUUCCUUAGUAAAUUUACCAUGGUGAAAAAUAAAGCCCUGAGGAAAGGGUUUCCUUGAGUCCCCUCUGAGGUGCUGAUUCCUGCUUGUGUGAUUUCGUUUUUGGGUUUCUUUGAGACAGGGUCUCACUGCAUUGCCCAUGCUGACCUCAAAUUCUGGGGUUCAAGCAAUCCUCCCACCUCAACCCACAAGUAGCUAGGACUGCAAGCACAUGCCACCAUAAAGGGCUGCAUUUUCUUAAAAAGCCUAGGCAGCUCUAACAUCUGAUAUGGACACAAGGCCAACAGUUUCCUUAUUUACAUCCUUACCUCUAAAAGACAGAUACUUCAAAGUGACAAAAACAUGUUCCUUCCCCACUUAGAGACAAUGAUUAACAGGGCCCUAUACGUUCUUACCACAUACAGAGGAUGCAUUUAUUAUAUGUUCUUACCACAUACAGAGGAUGCAUUCAUUUUUGCUCUAUGACACUUCCAAAUUAAUUGUAGUAGAAAUUUUUGCAUCUAUUAACUCUCUGUUCCAUCAUAGAAUGUGGCCAGGCCUUACAGUGGAGAGCCAGAGUUAAAACUUCAAGUCGCAUCUGUUUUUGGGCCGAGUCACCACCUUUGCCUCAUGCUCCUUUGUCUGCAAAGACCUAGGAUUCUUUAAAUGAAAUGCUUAGGACUUUGUGGCUUGUUACAUUUGUCAUUUAACUGCAAUGCUGUUCUUUGAAAGCUGCUAUGUGUAUUUUCUCUGAAGUCUGCAUUUUACUAAAAUUUACAAAACAGUCUGAUUGAUUACUGUCCAGGUACAUUUUAGAAAAAGUAUUUUUCCAGUUUGUGUUUUACUAAGCAAACUUUGAGUAAAUCCUUUGUCCUAUAUUGAAUCCAGUCCCAAAGUGUUCAGGUGAGUUUCUCUAGUUCCAUAAACAAAACAUACAUAGUGGGAACUCCCUGGUAUGCCACAGAGCACACAAGAACCCCAAUAUUAAUGCUAACAAUCAUACCAGUCCAUUUCGUUUAUUCUGUGGAACUGACCUGACAAAGCAUGAAGAUAUUCUCAGUGUCUGAUAAUAUUUUGCAUCUAAGAAUGGGUUUGACUCAAGAUCUUGGGUUACCAAGAUGUCUUAAAUGUUCAGUAAAUAUCUUACAGUCCAGUAGCUUAGAACAUGUUUGCUGAUUACAUUUAAACUUGGGGCUACAGCUUGUUACUAGAAUUUCGAGAUACUAAGAGAAUGCAAUUUUAAAUGCCCACUGGUUUGCUUUGGAGACAGGGUCUCAUUCUGUCACCCAGGCUAGAGUACAGUGGAACAGUCAUGGCUCACUGCAGCCUAAGCUCACUGCCUGGGCUCAAGUGAUCUUACUCCAGCCUCCCAUGCAGCUGGGACUACACCACCACAGGUAUGCACCACCAUACCUGGCUGAUUUUUUAAAUUUUUUCUAGAGAUAAGGUCUCGCUAUGUUGCCCAGGCUGGUCUCAUACUCCUGAGUUCAAGCAUUCCUCCCACCUCCGCCUCCCAAACUGCUGGGAUUACAGAUGUGAGCCACCAUGCCCAACACCCACUGAUCUUUAACUCUCAGUUUGGGCAUAAGAAGUCACUAUAUGUUACUGGAAAGCAAGACUUAACGAACAAUUCUGACUAUGAAAAAUGGCUCUUUCAGUUUGUUCUAUAAAUACUCGUUUAGAAAAGUGACAACUGUCAACCUCAAGAGUAACUAUUUCUAAAAAUGUAAAUAUGUAUUAAUCCUUGUAUCUUUCAUGGUAAUUUUGCAUAUUGAUAUGAAUUAUAUAAAAUUGUUUAAAAUCAAAGGUAUCCUUGAAUUAUUGACCACCCACAGAUGUCUAUUGUUACCAGGUUUUACGAUGCAAAUUUUCACUAAUACCUGGGUUUAAUAGAGCUCACAUCACUGAAUUUUACACAUGAGUUUAAAUCGGUAAUAUACAGGUUUUGUUACAAUAAAGUUAAUGAUUAAAUUA